AGCUGAGUGAGGAGUGCCCAGGAGAGAUGGUGAAAAUGACAAAGUCCAAAACUUUCCAAGCGUAUCUGCCAAACUGUCACCGAACGUACAGCUGCAUCCACUGCAGAGCACACCUGGCCAAUCAUGACGAGCUCAUCUCCAAGUCCUUUCAGGGGAGCCAGGGACGCGCCUACCUCUUCAAUUCCGUGGUGAACGUGGGCUGCGGCCCUGCAGAGGAGAGGGUCCUUCUCACCGGGCUGCACGCGGUCGCCGACAUCUACUGCGAGAACUGCAAGACCACACUCGGGUGGAAAUACGAGCAUGCCUUUGAGAGCAGUCAGAAAUAUAAGGAAGGAAAAUUCAUCAUUGAGCUUGCUCACAUGAUCAAAGACAAUGGCUGGGAGUAAAGUGCGGACUUUCCCUUCUCCUUCGAAUGCUGUUUUGUGAAAGAAACUGUGAAUGUAAUGGAAACGUAGGAGCAUCUGGUGACAGUCUUUCUUGCCCUCUGACCUCAAAGGCUAGCUGCACAUAGCUCUUGACACUCUCGGCCAUCUCUGUGGGUAAGGUGUCCCUUGGAUCUGUCCUCUUCGUGUACACGGUUGUUUCUGAAAAUUUUCAAUGAGCUUUUUCUAACUUCUCAAGUUCUAGAGAAAGAAUUAACCAACUGAUGACUUACCCGCUUAGUUAAUACCUUCCUUUCACCUUUGUCUUCAAUAUAGUUGGGCUCAGCUUUUUUAAGGUUCAGUUGAAAACCAAACUGAGGCUGGGUGUGGUGGCUCACGCCUGUAAUCCCAGCACUUUGGGAGGCUGAGGUGGGUGGAUCACCUGAGGUCAGGAGUUCUAGACCAGCCUGGCCAACAUGGUGAAACCCCAUCUCUACUAAAAAUACAAAAAUUAGCCGGGCAUAGUGGCAGGCGCCUGUAAUCUUAGCUACUCAGGAGGCUAAGGCAGGAGAAUCACUUGAACCUGGGAGGCAGAGGUUGCAGUAAGCUAAGAUCAUGCUAUUGCACUCCAGCCUGGGGGACAAAAGCGACACUUCGUCUCAAAAAAAUAAAAUUAGCUGGGUAUGGUGGCGCAUGCCUUUAAUCUCAGCUACUUGGGAGGUUGAGGCAUGAAAAUCACUUGAACCCAGGAGGCGGAGGUUGCAGUGAGCCGAGAUCGCGCCACUGCACUCCAGCCUGGCGAUAGAGCGAGACUCCGUCUCAGUUAAAAAAAAAAAAAAAAAGAGAGAGAACCAGACUGAGUCUCUGAAGACCAUAGGGACAGGGUCUCUUUAGAUAGCAAGUCUCACUGCUCCCUUUUUUAGAGAAAGGUAUUGUAGCCCACCCUCCACCCCGCUGUUUCUCUUAAAUUUGCAGAACUUCAAAUUGGCGGCCGGGCGCGGUGGCUCACGCUUGUAAUCCCAGCACUUUGGGAGGCCGAGGCGGGCGGAUCACGAGGUCAGGAGAUCGAGACCACGGUGAAACCCCGUCUCUACUAAAAAUACAAAAAAAUUAGCCGGGCGUGGUGGCGGGCGCCUGUAGGCCCAGCUACUCGGAGAGGCUGAGGCAGGAGAAUGGCGUGAACCCAGGAGGCAGAGCUUGCAGUGAGCCGAGAUUGUGCCACUGCACUCCAGCCUGGGCGACAGAGCGAGACGGAGUCAAAUUGGCUAUUCCUCUUGCAAAGGAACCGUUACAGUGUUCAUUUAAGAAUCUUCCAGAGGCAGUCAACAGACUUAUACACUAAGGGCAUUUUUGGUUUUUAGCUUGUUCAAAAACAGAGGCCAGCACAGAUGACAUUUUAGAUACACUCUAAAUUGAGAAUGGUGUCUAGUGGAACAUUGUUGUUUAUUUAAGCCAGUAGAUUCCUUAUUUAGAAAGCAGGUGAGCUAGCCCUUAGAGAAGGCUGUCCCAGGGGCCUGCAGAGGUGCCCUUACUGAGGUGACAGCCUCACAAGGUCUGGUACCAGGGGUUGUGCCCUCAGCAGUGACAGCAGCUUAGGUGUCAGGCAGUUGCUGAGUGGCUGGUCCAUGUCUAUAGAGUAACACACUGGACCGAGUAAAAGUUGGAUUUCAUUUUCUACCCUGGAUGUACUUGAAGAAAAAAAUUAUUUUUGCAUAUGAAAGAGGCCAGAACCCACAGGAAAAACUUCAAAACUUGACAUUUGCCAGAAUGUUUAAAAUUUGUUCAGAAAAGGUUAAAGCGACAAGACAGGUUUAGCCUUUGUGCAUGAAGACACCUGGCCUGCUAGACGCACUGCCCGUCCCUGCGUGGUGCUGUCCCAUGUCACUUGAACUGAUAGAGGGGCCUGUGCAAUCUCCUAAGGCCUGUGUUUCUGCCAUAUAUUUUAUUAUAAAUUACAAUCCACCCAUCCACCUGCCCUCCACCAGGAGUGGGCACCCCAUAAGGGUUUAGGCCACUUUGCAGAGGAUGGAGGUCAAAAACCACUCCCAGAUAAGUUUGGUUUUCAACAUUUAGUAACUUGUCUCAGGGCAGAGGGCAGGCAGGGGGUCUAAGGGGCAGCAGAUAGGAGAGCACUGAGCCCGGAUAGUUCUCAGCCUGGCAAGUGGCUCUGAAGCUGCCUUCAGAUAAGGCUAGUCUAGGGGCAAGAGUACGAGCUGGCAGACAAUAAGAACGUGGCCACCUGUCCAGCUUCACACCUCCCCCGACUUCAGCCCUUCCUAAACCCAGACCUGCGGUCCAGGCAGGCACUGGGCUGUGCCACUCGAGCUCACUGCCCACACACAGCAUGCCUUUGGGUGCCAUCUCUGCCCGAGCCUCGAAGCCUUGGAAUGUGGGAAAUGCCGCUGCCCUGGUGGGCACGGCACUGAGAUGCAUCAACUCAGCAGGAGUGACAGAGGCAGAAGUUCCUUUAAAGCACAUCUUCCACCUAGGAAAGGAAGGAAAUCUUUGUACUGUCUCGUAAGCCUCCACAUCCAGCUAUGGCCCUGCAAGCUGCUUUAUCCCUGUGCUAGUCUCCCCCACGAGUUUAGGCUGGCCCAGCACAUCCUGCCCUCCUGAGCUCACCUGCAGCCACCCAGAGUGCAGGGGUCGCUGCACGCUGCAGGGCUCUUGCUGCCAUGGUCUCAAGCCUGAAGAGGCUCCGCCCACAAGCUGGCCCAUGAAGUUAGCAACGCCUGUGGCUUUAGUCAAUUGUCUGAGACUGUGAAGAGGCUGAAAGACACCUUCCCAGCUGGAAGGAGGAGUUCACUGAAAACUUAUCUUAAACUGACCCUUCCCCUCGCGUCUUCAUUCCUCUCCCUUGUGGGAACCCAGCCUCCGAUGUCCCGGGGACUAGGGGAAACAGUUGGGGGUUCGUGCCGUCCCCAGCCUGCCAUGGGUGUGAGGACAGCCAGGUCCUGAGUGACUCAAGAUGCUUCACUUACAUAGAAGAAUCUUCUAAAACUCUUCCGAGUGGUUUUUGUAUAUACUAAAGUUCUAUUUAGAGCUUUUCUGUUUUGGGCAAGUUCGCUGCUCCUUCUAUUUGGGCACUUUGGUUUUUGUACUGUCUUUUGUGAUGGCAUUGAUUGAACAUUUUUUACUAGUAGUCUUAUGACUUUUAUAUAUUUUUUUUUUUUUGUAAUUUAUACCAACAACACUUUUAUCACUUUUUGUUGGGCUUCUGCAAAAUACAAGCUCAUUUUUAAACCAAAUGAACAGACCAUGAGCUGGCUUCAGGGGAAGUGCUAUUCACAAGACCAUAUCCACCACCCUCUUAAAUUCCUAAACAAUAUCAAUCAUCUGGGACUUCUAUUUAAAAGUUAUUUAAAAUAAAUCUUCCUUGAGAGCCUUGGGAGGUGAUGUCAGGGUUAUAAAUGGCACAGUGCAUUUGCUGUAGGAAUGUGGUUUGGCAUUGUUUUAUACACAGUAUUUUUAUACCUUAAUGCUUAUUCUUGAUGGCAUCUGUCAGAUAUUAGAAUUGGAAAUAUCAAUCUUCCCAAAAUCCUUUAAUUUACCUGAUGCCCUCAUCAGGUCGUUAAAAAUUCAAGUGGUUUUAAUAGCUAAAAAGCUACAAAUUAAGCUCUAAAACAAACUACAGAAAUGUAAACCUUCACUUGCCAAAGGUCCUUGGUGGCCUGUCCCCUGCCCCGGGGGCAGAUGGCCCUGAAGCCCUUCCCUCACUGUGCAGGCCACCGGGUGAGGCUGGACGGUCACCUACGGUGGCUUCACUGCAAGGAGUGGGACUGCUGAGCUCAAGCACGGGGCCUUCAGCUUCCCCUGUCCUCUGGCCACGCAGCCAGCCCUUGGUCCUUAUCUGUGUGAGGUUUACAAAUAAAGCUUCUGAUGUCAAAUGUUUAAA